CAAACAUACGGUUACAUAUAUAUAAGACUAGAAAGUUCAGAUCUUACCAUUCUCUCAUCAGUUUGAUAGCUUAAUUGGGAGCUUCAUGUCUGCCCAGCAGCUUCCCCCCGGCCGCCCUUGGUUCCGCCUCGCCUCUCUUGCUCGAACAGAAGCUGCCUCCGCUUCUGCGGCUUCAAAUAAUCCUCCACCACCACUCCCGAGAAUCCCUGUCCCAAGAUUGCAGCAACAACCGCCGCCUGCUACACUAUUAGCUGCACCUGAUCAACCUCCACCACUUCAGACUUCUCUGCAGCCACCACCGCCACCGGAUUCUCCCAAAGUCAUCAGCCCUUCGUACUCCACCCCUCCCCCUUCAAUUGGUCAGAAGCCCAAUCCAGAGCCAGAGCAACCCAAAAAUAAUACUGUGCCAGAACAGGGCAAGAUUCUCAAUGGCAAAGAGAGAAAUAAAAUCAAUGGGAAGGCAAAGGAAGAGGAAGAGAAAAGACUCAUCACUAUAGCUGGAAAGAACAUUGGAGCCAAAAUGGAAUUUGGCUUGGGUUCCAUGUCUGAGGAGAGGAAUAAUGGUGAGGAGAAGGCAGAAGAUCUGACAGUGAGGCAGGCGAAGCAAAAGAGAUUGGUGGUGAAUAGUAAUGUGCAGAGCAUUAAUAAUUCUAUAGUGUUGAACGCUACCUGUAAACAGCAUAGUCCUGGCGUUCACGUUAACUUUGCUAGAGCUCGCCAGCUCAAAGGAAGCCAAGCCAACGAGAAGUACAGGUCUAUAGAUGAGUAAAUAGAGGAGAGGAGAUUCACUCAACGAAGUCAUUCUCAUAUUCUCUCUCUCUCUUUCUCUCUCUCUCUCUCCUCUCUCUAUGAGAUUUACUUGCAUAUUAUAAAAUUCUAUGUAUUUAUAAAUUGGAGA